UUGACUAUACUACGCCACUGUGAGUUUGUUUUAUUAAAUAUAAUAAGUUAAUAUAAUAUGAAAUGUUGUUAUAAAAUCCUUUAACACAAUGUUUCAUUUGUUUUAUCCCAUUUUAAGUAACAUUAUGUAAGCAUUAUAGGUUGAAAAGCAGGAAUGCUGCCAUCUGUAAAUGGAGAAAUGAGGAAAUUAAGAUAAUCACGUUUUUCAUACGGCAUAUUGAGAAAUCAAAAUGAGUUCUAAACAAUCAGACGUCGGCUUGAUAUUUGACCUCGAGAGAGCACAAACGGAAUUAAGUAUGCUAUUGAAAGAAAAUGUCAUCGGGGUCAGAAUGGAGUCGGGAUAUAAUCCAGAGGAGUCAUCCAACAUGGUAUUGUCACUGAUUAUUAUAAGUCAUGUUUCUGGGAGGGUCUUGGUCUUCGACGUCCUCAGGAAUCCAACUAUACUUCAAACUAAGAGCUUCAAGACUCUCCUGGAAAGCGAAAGACCAAUAAAGGUGAUGUUCCACCCAGAAAAUGAGUGCAAGUUACUUUGGCGUUCCAACAGAAUUCUUCUUCAUGGUGUUUUCGACCCACAAACGUUAUAUAUGGUAAAAGAAGCCAUACAAAAGAAGUUACCGACAAGAAAACUGGGUAACCAAAGGAAGACCCUUACCGAAAUGUGUCACCUCUACCACGUCGAAUGCCGUUAUGACAAAAAGUUGGUGAAGAAAAUGUUCACAGAAAACCCGUCUCUAUUUAUGGAACGAUCAGACAUGGGUGGUUUGAUGGGUAUUCUCGAAGAAUCUGCAAAAUGCCUCAUACCUCUUUACGAAAAAAUGAAAGGAGAAUUAGAUAUAGCAGUUGUCAAAGAGAAAUACUCUCAGAUGUUGGAGGAAUGUCUGUGUGCUGGUCUGCAGGGUCCGGAUAAAAGACAAUUCGAAAGACAAAAAUUAGAACGGAACUAUUUGGAAACGAAAGAGUUUCGAAAGGAACACGGAAAUACAGCUCUUUCGAAAGGGGACAAAUACCUUCUGAGACGAAGCCGCCGCCAUUCUUACUGGGAGCUGUGUCACUAACUGUAAUAUACAAUGUACAUACAUGUACACGUCUUAACACUGCAUGAUUUUUAAAUCGUAGCCUAAUAUGAACUGUUGAUAGUUAUGCUCGUGUAGAUAGUUGUAUAAAAAUCAUGCACAGGAUAGAACAACGACUAUCACCUCACCGACACCAGAUGAGGUAGUCACCAACUACUACAAGGAUACACCGUCUCAAAAUGACCGUAGCUGUUCAUGGGGCGAUAAACCCAGCUUACAAAAACAAACACACGAACCUAUUUAAUUACUGAGUGACAUCCGGCAGCAUUAUACAUUCUAGACAUAAUUUACUCAAUCCGAUUAUGUAAUCAGAGAGUUCCGAUAAACCUAACGAAGAGACUUACAAACCAACCAACCAACCUAUAGCGAUAGCAUCGAGGGAAUUACUGUAUAGUUGGUAAUUUUCGUCGGAUUUUGUUUUCUAUAAUCGCAGUCAUUAUACUUAGCGCGAAAAUAAAUACUCAGCGAAUAUCUAUAGAUAAAAGCAAAUAUAUAGAGGGAACAAUGAACAAUUUAUGUAGUUUUUUUUAUUAUCGAGAAUUGAUAUACAUAUAUGAAUAUAAAUGAAUAUAUUGUUUCGUCAAAUAUCACAUGAUAUGGUAGACUAGAUAUAAUGAUAUGCGUAUAUACAUUUUACUUUAUACAUUAUACAGGAACAGUGAAGUAGCUUCAACAGCAAGGACAACGAUUGUUAAGUUUUUUUAGUAUUUUCUUUUUUUUUAAUUAUUUUUCAGAAAACGGAAUAUUACAGAUAAAUCGAAUUACUGUAACGUGAUUUGGUCUUUAUUUUCUUUUUUGUUUGUAUUUUUUGCAUGUUUUAUAUAUCUGACGCGACGAAAGCGCUAACGGAGAGUUUUUUUUUUUUUAUUUUACUUAUAUAUAUAUAUUUACGUUGAGAGGACUUCUUUUUAAAAAAUCCCUGAUCAUACAAUAUGUUUGAUGAUUUAAUCUAUUGUGUAUAAUAUUGUUUUAAAAAUGACUUCAUUCUUUCGCUUAUUUCAAUCUCUUUUACACACAGUCCAAGGGAGACAACCCCAGAGCAAUACAGAUAUAUCAGUUCAAUCAAUUUAAAUAAUUUGCCCACUUAAAAUAUUGUAUUGCCAUUAUAAGGAGAGAGAGCCCAGAUUUAUCAACUUUUAAUUACUGUUUGUUCCAUGGUUUAUAUGUGGGACAACAAGGAAUAAAACCAAUUUGAUAACCUU